UCUCUUUCUGCAGUAAUGGCCCUUGGGAACGCUUCGGUUGGAUUUUAUACCGCUUUGCUCUUCUGCCUUUGGGAACUCUUGUUCAUCCACGGACUCAGCCUGGAGCCCAUCUACUGGAACACUUCGAACAAAAAGUUCCAGAACGAGGGGGGCUACGUCUUGUACCCCCAGAUCGGCGACCGCUUGGACCUCAUCUGCCCCCGCUCAGUGCCUCUCGGCCCCUUCUCCACCGAGGACUACGAAUACUACAAGCUGUACCUCGUGCAGACCGAGCAGGCGGAGCGCUGCGAGAUCCUGCGCGCCCCCAACCUGCUGCUGACCUGUGACCGCCCCGAACACGACAUGCGCUUCACCAUUAAAUUCCAGGAGUACAGUCCCAACCUCUGGGGCCAUGAGUUCAAGUCCAACCAGGACUAUUACAUCAUCACAACCUCAGACGGUACCAAGGAAGGGCUUGAGAACAUGAAAGGUGGUGCCUGUCUUUCCAAAGGCAUGAAAGUUGUGCUGAAAGUUGGACAGCAUCCCAACACUGGCUCCAAAUCCCAGAAGUCCGUACCAGCCUCACCUGCUGACAAGGAGCGAGGGACGCCAGGUGCUGCCGAGCCCAACAAGGAGAUGAUCCCAGGACCCCCCUCUGGAAACACCACCGGGAAGGUGGGUGGAGAAAAUGGCCCUUUACCACAGUCCAACGUGCCCAUCAUUGCUGGCGCUGCUGGGGGAGCAGCUUUUGUCCUGCUGGUGGCAGCGGCCGUGACGGGGGCCCUGUGUUACCGCCACCACCGGGCAAAGCACAGCGAGUCUCACCACCCACCGUUGUCCCUCAGCACCCUGACCAGCCCCAAGCGAGCUGGCGGGGGAGGUGGCGCCAACAACAACGGUUCUGAGCCAAGCGACAUCAUCAUCCCACUCAGGACUUCAGACAGUGCGUUCUGCCCGCAUUACGAGAAGGUGAGCGGCGACUACGGCCACCCCGUCUAUAUCGUGCAAGAGAUGCCACCGCAGAGCCCGGCCAACAUCUACUACAAAGUAUGAGGCGAGGGGUGGCUUAGCUGAGCUCCCACAGGCAGCCUUGGACCUCUGUGGUGGGCAAGCAAGGACUCGGAACAGACGGGGCACAAUGGACAUUGCCCCCCACGCUGCUCUCGCUCGACUCGGAUGCUGCACCAAGAGGGGCUCGAUGCACAGGUGCCUGGUUCCCCUCCAGUUAUUUGAGGGGACACUGGAACUGAGACGUUUCUGCCGCAACGGAAGCAGGGACUCCUCUCCCCUCAGGAUUCUGGCUUUCCAAGGAGAAACCGGACGAGGGAUGCCAACCUCCUUCCGGUCAAGUCCGAGCAAAUUUUAUAGCGACAGCCCUUCCCCCUCCUCAGGACCCCUCUCUUGGCCUCAAAGCUGUCGAUUCCUUGGCAGGGUCCAGCCCAAGUGUGAAGUUCAGCUCCCACCGGUGUGCCCACCUGCCAAAAGAGAUUUGGGAGUUGAAGUCUCCAGCCUGUACUUCGCACACCCGUUUCUUCGCAAUAAUUCAAUUCGAUUGCCUUGUCUGUCUUUCUCUUUUCCCUUUGACAGCUUAUUCACGGGCCGUGCUGAUAAGGUUAGACAUCUGGGGAGGGGGGUUAAAAGCAAACCCCCAGCGCUCUAAAGGGUUGCAUUUCAUGUUAGUGCCACAAAUCAGAACAAGGAAGAUUGCAGGUCUGCCUUAUUCCAACCGCCGUGUGACCCAAAAGCAACAUUUCAGAUGUUUUUGUUUUUUGUUUUACUUUGAAAGUUCGCACAAUUUUGGUAUUUCGGCAGUGUUGCCUCUGCGAGAUCUCUCCUUUUUGCCAUGGGGUUCCUUCUGAUGUAGCCUUGCGGACAAAGGGGCUCUUCCGCCGCUCGCCUGCAUCUCUCCUCCCAAAUCGCCAGUUCCCCGUAGACCAGACACACAUGUACAUCCAGUUCCCGUGGAUCAGCGUGGGUGAAGAGCCCCUUUCUCUGCCAACGUUUGGAUUGGGAACACUGUUGGGCAACGGAGGGAUCCACAGAUCGGACUCCGUUCCUGGGGAAGGGAUCGGGGGUUUGUUUAUCCGGCAGCAACCAUUUUGAAGUCUUCUGCUCGGUUGCUCGAAGGAGAUGACAAACAAAAUGGCUGACCUUCCCACCAGUCCGUGUUGGAAGUAGGAGUUGCAGCGGGGUGGAAGGGGAAGAUGAGUUCCUCAAAGUUUUCGUGUGUCUCUCUCCCCGCCCCCCUCGCAAUUUGGGAGUGAUUUCCCAAACGUUUGAUGGAGUUUUGAUGAAGUGGCAACAUAUCGUGUGUGAUGUUUAGUGGAACGCCGAAAGAGGCGGGACGUCUUCUUGUGUUAGACUGGGAAACGUACGUGGGUCAACUUUCCCACGUGGGAAAUUGACGUGGGUCAAUUUUCAGGGGAAACUCUGGUUUUUUUCAGCUUUAACAGAAGAUUUUUCGGUUGUUUGGUUUUGUGUUUUUUUUUUUAAUCUGAAAGUUUCUUAGUUUCGUUGGUGGAAUUUUACUGUUGGACAUUGUUGAUUAUAGACGUUCUUGUGCAACAUGUCUUGGACUCGUCUUUGCUUAUUUCCUCCGCUCUC